AUGGUGUUGGUGAUGAGGAAUAUCAAAGAAGCACGGUUUCCGAAACCAAUCCAAUCGGACGCUAGCCAAAGUGAUCCUAAUUUGUGGUGUGAAUUUCAUGCGACCCACGGCCAUAGAACUGGGGACUGCCGACAUCUUAGCGAGGAGGUGGCGACAUUGCUGAAGAAUGGCCAUCUUAGAGAGUUCUUAAGUGACCGCGCCAAAGAAAAUUAUGGUAGAAGCCGGGACAAUGCGGAACCAUCAAAAAUGGCAGCAGGGUCAUCUUGGAUGACAAUCAACAUGAUCUUCGGAGGGAGUGAGGUCAAUGGAGUGACAUUUUCGGCAACAAAAAAGACAAAAAUAUCAGUGACACAUGGCAAGAGGAUUCGGGAAGUCUUGGAAGAUGGUAUCACCUUCACAGAAGGAGAUGCUGAUGGACUUCUCCUACCGCACAAUGACGAGCUAAUAAUUUCACUUAAUGUCUUAGAUUUUAAAAUUAAGCGUGGUUUGGUCAAUCCAGGGAGUUCAGCCAAUAUCAUAAAAUAG